UACGAAAGGGCAGUUCGCUCAGCGCAGGCCACGUGCUUAUUGACAAAAAAGAAACAUAACGAUCUGACGGGCGACACAUGCGCGCCAGCGUUUCAUAGACGCGACCUCCCAGACAGUGCGCUCUUCAGACAUCGCUUGUAUCUGUUAUCAGGCGCUCUGUUGAACGUGCGUUCCUCUCCGCCUUAUCUCAUCGCCUUUUACCUUUACUGGCACUUUUCUUCUCUCUCUCUUUUUUUUUCUCCGUGUUUUUACUGCCCGAAAUAGGAUAAGGUUGUUUUACUUUUAAUACACUCCGAGGUCACGUGCCGCGGUCACGUGAGCACGCGCGCUCUCUGGUCCAAUCAGAAACAUUUCGCUACAGAAGCAGAUUCCGCGGUCUCUAUCGGCUCGGUUCUUCAGUCUUCAGUCGGCUAAUUGACUUGCUCGGCUGGGUCAGAGCCGCCGUGUGUGUUUUAUUUCGGCCCCGAGGCGAAUCUUCAGCUCCCCUCUACGCGGGACUCGUAUUGCAUCGCAUCUGGCGACGAUACCGUCUGCUACUUUAUUGAGCUUGGCGCGUCGUCUGCUAUCGUGCGGUUAAAAAUGGCGCCCAACAGGAACCCGCCCAUCAAGUACACGCAGCUCUUCAUCAACAACGAGUUUGUGGACAGCGCCAGCAAGAAGACGUUUCCUGUUCUGAACCCUGCGACCGGUGCAGUCAUUGCCCAGGUGCAGGAAGGCGAUAAGGCGGACGUCGACAGGGCCGUGAAGGCAGCCCAGGGGGCAUUCAAGAGGGGGUCAGCAUGGCGAACGAUGGACGCCUCCAAGCGAGGCCGACUGCUCAACCGGUUUGCCGACCUCAUCGAGAGGGACAAGGAGUACUUGGCCAGCCUGGAGGUCCUCAACAAUGGAAAGCCCUACGAAGAGGCUUUGUUCGACAUGGACUGCUCAAUCGACUGCAUCCGCUACUACGCAGGGUGGAGCGACAAGGUUCACGGGAAGACCAUUCCCACUGAUGGGAAUUAUGUGAGCUUCACGAGGCACGAGGCAAUUGGUGUGUGUGGCCAGAUUAUUCCAUGGAACUAUCCCGUGCUGAUGGUCUGCUGGAAGCUGGGACCUGCACUAACCACCGGCAACGUUGUGGUGCUCAAGCCUGCUGAGCAGACCCCCCUGACCGCCCUGUACUGUGCCAGCCUCAUCAAGGAAGCCGGCUUUCCCCCUGGAGUGGUGAACGUCAUUCCGGGCUACGGACCCACUGCCGGGGCAGCCAUUGCAGCGCACCCGCAUGUCGACAAGGUCGCCUUCACGGGCUCCACUGAAGUUGGAAAACUCAUCCAAGAGGCUGCCGGAAAAUCAAACACCAAGCGAGUCACGCUGGAGAUGGGUGGCAAGAGCCCUCUGGUUGUCUUUGACGAUGCUGACUUGGACCAGGCUGCCGAGAUUGCUCACGGAGCGGUGUUUGCCAACAUGGGCCAGUGUUGCUGCGCCGGGACCAGGACCUUUGUCCAGGAGGGCAUCUACGACGCCUUCGUGGCCAAGGCCAGGGCCUUGGCCCAGGCACGAGUGGUCGGGGACCCAUUUGACGAGAAAACCGUCCAGGGACCUCAGAUUGACAAGGAGCAGUACUCCAAAAUCCUGGACUUGCUCAAGUCCGGCAAGGACCAAGGGGCCAAGGUGGAGUGCGGGGGCGACGCCAUGCGGGGGUGUAAUGGCUUCUUCGUCCAGCCAACCGUGUUCUCGGACGUGCGUGACGACAUGCGCAUCGCUCAGGAGGAGAUCUUCGGACCCGUGCAGCAGAUCCUCAAGUUCAAGACGCUCGAUGAGGUCAUAGAGCGCUGCAACGCCACCACGUACGGGCUCGGAUCCGGAGUGCUCACCAAGGACAUCGACAAGGCCAUGAUGUUUGCUCAGGCUGUCCAGGCUGGAUCCGUCUGGAUCAACUGCUACGAUGCGACCACGCCGCAGACUCCUUUUGGUGGCUUCAAGAUGUCUGGCAAUGGCAGAGAGCUGGGCUAUGCCGGGAUCAAUGAAUACGUUGAGAUCAAGACGAUCACCAUGAGCAUCCCCGAAAAGAACUCGUAAGCACAGUCAAGGUUGCAAGAGGGCAGCUCUUUUCAAAGUGUAUUCCCCACUCAGUACUCCAGGGGAAGCACGCUACAUGCUCCUAAGAUGAAAUAUUUCUAACAUCAGAGAUAAUGCAUGGUAUAUGCUAUGAGUGAAGAUCCUCUAUGCUUUAGCACCUCCAGGAUUAAAUUUCUAAGGCUUGCAGAGGUACACAAUAUUUACAAUUGUAUCUUUUUCGUUUUUUUGGAAAGGACACAAUAUCAGCCGCAGCUGUUGUUUUUAUUCAGAAUGUUAUCUGGAUUAUUAUUGUCCACAUUUGCAUUAUAAGACCAAUCCCACGUGGCUUUCACAAGGCAGCUGCAUGGUGCUUGAGGUGAUCUUCAAUGAAUGUUGCAAUGAAAAAGUAGCUGUGGUCGUACCCCUAGAAAAGGAAUAAACCAGUGUUUUUUUUGUUU